CGCUCUGCGUGACUGGUUUAUGACCUGUUUGGGAAAGGUCUCCAGUCUGGGGCUCUAAGGAGCCCUGGUUUUUAAGCAAUUUGCCCCGAGUGGACACCCUCAGCUGUGCCCAGACCUGGCUCGGUCUGCCACAGCAACCCAGUGGUAACUCAUCAUAAAGGCAGAGGCACAAGAGGCUGGGGAAGGAGACAGCUUAAAGCCAGGGCUGAGAGGCUGUAGGGGGGGGGAAUCUGUGGGUAGGGGGAUAGGGGAAGGAAGAGGGCCAGGGCUGGGACACUGGAGGUGGCAAGCAGAGCUUAGUUCAUGCUUGAAGUGCCUUGAAGAGGUUACGUGCUGUCCAGAAUAAAAUGGAUUCUCUUCUGCUCCCCACAUCAUGUGCGCUGCCAAGUUCCUCCCUGCUCCUGCAAGCAGCUGGCUGAAAGGAGCCAGGGGCCAGCCCCAGCCAGCGGUGGAGUAGGGCCUUGUUAGAGCGUCUCUUGGGCUUCUCAGGAACUAGUUGGCACUGCUAAGGAACAGAGCUCCAUGUCUGGAUGCUGGGUUCAAACCCACUAAGGGCCAGUGGCUGGCAGCCUUGUGCUGGCUGUGGGGAUCAGCAAUCCCUAGCAGCUCCUGGGUUUGUAGCCUGCGUAUGAAACACUGAGAAAAGAAGGCAGGAAGGGAAGCCAGCGUCAGAGCAGAGCAAAAAGCAAAGCCAGGGAAAGCUAGACAGAGCUUUAUGGAUGCUGCGCCCCCCUGCAUAACUCAGCCGAAACGGCUACAGAGGAAUCAAACCCAUGGCCUUGGCCUUGUCACCCAAUCCAGGCUUCUGCUCCAGCAUGUCCCCUUUGCUAGAGCUGCUCAGAGGGGGGGCAAUUGUUGCCCUGAUGAGCCAAGCUUCAGCUUGAUCACAAGCCAUCCCAACCGCUUUGAACUGUGCCACUUCCCGCCACGCUGCCACAGGGCGCUGUGUGCCGUCCCUUUAAAGGGCUCCAGCAGGUGUGACUUCACAGAGAGCGGGUAACAAUGGAAGGUGGCUGGCGUCACUGGGCCAGGGAGCUGGGAAGGUGGUACAGCCAGUGAGUAAGAGGGGCUGAUUGUAGCAGGGCUGUAGUAUGGGCCAUUCCUGGCAUAAGCUGCAUCCUCCCUGCAAGAGUGUGACAUCUCCAUAGAGCCAUGGCCGUGGGCAGCCUGCUCUUUCUGGCGGUGCUCGCCAUUGUGUACCACCCCAUGAUGGUUAGUGACAACAAGCAAGACCCCAUGACUGUGGAGAGGGUGCAGCAGCAGGAGCAGCUGCUGGCCCUGGAGAUGAACCGCUUGCAGCUGGAGUUUGAGCAGAGAAACCAAGAGCAGGGGCAGGGCCUACAGCAGAGCCAGAACCUGGGGCCAAACCAAAGCCAGGGGGAGGAGGGAGCUGCGCUGAAGGUGGAGUCUGAGCAAGGGCCUGAGGAGGUGGCCUGGCAUGGCUGGCACUGCGGGGUACUGGUUAUUAUCCUGCUCUUUGAGCUCUGCAGGCCAAGCAUGGAGCAUGAGUCUAGCUAUGACUCCAGCAGCGAUGAUGCCAGCAGUGUUGAGGAGGAGGAGGAGGCCGAAACAGCACCCAGGAGCGUCUGCACCCAACAUCCUGAUUUCCCAGACACAGAGACCCUGGAGCACUUUUACGAGCAGCACCUCCAAGGUACGUCCAAGGAGCUGGCUAGCACCUGCGAGUUUGUGACAGGCCUCGUGAACAGCCUGCUGGAGGCAUGCCGAGUCCUCAUCUGCCAGACCUUCCUCCCCCAGCUGGAGAACUGCAUUGGCGUGGCCAGCGCCUUUGAAGGCUGGUGCCCCCACAGGGACUCCAAAACCUACUGCGUGCUCGUGCCCCUGCUGCCGCCCAAGGGGCACUCCUUCCAUCUGGAGAUGGAUUACACAGAGGGCACCCCAGAGAACCAUGGCCACAUCCUGGUGGAGCUGGAGUGUGUGUGCAAGAGGGAGAGGCUGUUGGGGGACGUGCUGUGUCUCUUGCACCACUCUGAGGCAGACAUGAGUGACAGUAAGCGGGGACCCUUCCGAGUGCACAUUUUAUGCAGCAGCUCCCACCUGGAUGUGGAAAAAACUACCCACUGGUUCCAGAGUCUGAUAGGCAAGGCCUGGGAGCUCAUGUCUCACAACUAUAGCUUCCAGCUCUCACUCCAGCCCUCCACCUCCUGCUGCAAGCUCUGGCUGGCUUAUGAGUCUGGCAGGGCCCUCUCCAUCGAGAUCAUCCUGGGGGUGCAACGGGGAGACUCUCUGGUCUUCCUGGCCAGCCAGGGGGCUGAGAUGGGCCAUUCCAGCGGCUUGGCGUGGCUAGAAACCUUCGCUGUUCAGGAAAUGUUGUUCUUCCAGUUGAUGAGCAGGUAUGCCCCCCAGGACAGUUGCCACCUCAAAUGCCUCCAGAUCCUCAUCUACCUCAAGGAAUGCAGGAUGCCCACCCUAGAGAACAAGAUCCUCACCACCUACCACUUCAAAACCGCCCUGAUGCACCUUCUGCUCCUCCUGCCACUGUCGGAAUGGUGCCCGGAGCAGUUAGCUCAGAGGCUGCAGGAUAUCCUCUUGUACCUGCACCAUGGGCUAGAGGAGAAAUGCCUCUACCACUUCCUGAUUGGAAACAGUGCCCUGCCCAGGCAGAUCCCUGUACCCAAGGCCUUCCAGAACGCCAAGCCACUCAACCUCUUUCAGCACUUGGCACUGGAGCCUGCUGCUCAUGCCCAGGCCAGAAGCGAAUUCUUGGAAGUGAUGGAACAAGUGAGGGCUCUACUCCCACAGAGCAGCAAGUAGCAAGACAGAAUGUGGGUCCACUGCACUGAGCUCCCUAGACUCUGGUAGCCUAGCACAUCGUCCGCAGCACAGUCACCAUGCCACUGAUUUUAGAGUGGAGCCAGAACAGCAUUGCUGAGCCUGGGGCAGGGCCAUGUUUCCAAUCAGGAGAUGCCAGCCUGUGUACCCUAGGCACGGAGACAUCUGGAGACAGGUCGGCACAGAAAGGGCACUGUACAGUUAAAGCCAAGGCAGACGAACUUUCUUGUCCCAGAGUAUUUUUGUACAUGUGUACGUAUGUUCUCAAGGGCUUGGCUCUAUUGGUUCAAAUAAAAGCUUUGACAAAA